UUUUUUUUUUGGUGGAGAUGAAGGGGUGGGUCUAUGGUACAUCACCUGAGUUGUGGGGUAAAUGUAGAGAGUGUCAAUCAAAGGCAGAGCUCUCAGAGCUGGGAAGGAGGCUCUAGAUGGCGGCUGUGCCUUAGAGAGAGCGCGCUCUGCUCCCUGCCUUCGCCUCACUUUACGCAACUUUCCCUAACUUUCGGGCGGCCUCAGGGGGCCCCCGCAGCCCCCUGCCUCUCCUGGUGACUUACUGGGGUCCAUUUGAACCUUUUUAAGGAAGAAAAGCAGCUUUUGGGAGCUUUCUUUUCGUGCCUUGUUGGAAAGAAGCAGCCGUACUGAGAGCCCAGGUCGUUGUUUUUUCCAGCUUAGAAGCCAUGGCGCACCUCCAUUUUUGUGCGCUCUCUUAAUGAGGUUUUUUUUUUCUUCCGGACCCGUUUUAGUAUUAACAAUUGCUUUAUUUUUUCACCAGUUAACAUAUUUGAGGAUUAUUUUAUUUAUUUUUCAUUUUUUACCGAAGGAUUUUGCCUUUUUAAAAUUAUUUUGGAUCUGAUAUUCUACUACUAACUAGGACUCUUGCUUUGGACAUACUUACAUGGAUCAGUAAAUACCUGGGCACAGGACUUCAAAGCAAACAGAUUCCCCCUCCCCCUUAAUAUUUAAGAAUUAAAAGAUGAUGAGAAAUAAGGACAAAAGCCAAGAGGAGGACAGUUCGCUACACAGCAAUGUAUCGAGCCAUUCAGGCUCUGAAGAAGCUUCGGGUUCAGACUCAGGCAGCCAGUCAGAAAGUGAGCAAGGAAGUGACCCAGGAAGUGGACAUGGCAGCGACUCAAAUAGCACUUCUGAAUCUUCUGAGAGUCAGUCAGAGUCCGAGAGCGAAUCUGCAGGCUCCAAAUCCCAGCCAGUCCUUCCAGAAGCCAAAGAGAAGCCAGCGUCCAAGAAGGAACGGAUAGCUGAUGUGAAGAAGAUGUGGGAAGAAUAUCCUGAUGUUUAUGGAGUCAGAAGGUCGAACCGAAGCAGACAAGAACCAUCACGAUUUAAUAUUAAGGAAGAGGCCAGUAGCGGGUCUGAGAGUGGGAGCCCAAAACGAAGAGGCCAGAGGCAGCUGAAAAAACAAGAAAAAUGGAAACGGGAGCCAUCAGAAGACGAACAGGAACAAGGCACCAGUGCGGAGAGCGAUCCCGAGCAAAAAAAAGUGAAAGCCAGAAGACCCGUGCCCAAAAGAACAGUGCCCAAACCUCGUGUUAAAAAGCAGCCUAAAAUCCAGCGUGGAAAAAGAAAAAAGCAAGAUUCUUCUGAUGAUGACGAUGAAGAUGAUGAAGCUCCCAAGAGGCAGACUCGUCGGAGGGCAGCUAAAAAUGUCAGUUAUAAAGAAGACGAUGACUUUGAAACUGACUCAGAUGAUCUCAUUGAGAUGACUGGAGAAGGAAUAGAUGAGCAGCAGGAUAAUAGUGAAACUAUUGAAAAGGUCUUAGACUCCAGACUGGGAAAGAAAGGAGCCACUGGAGCCUCUACUACAGUUUAUGCUGUUGAAGCUAAUGGAGACCCGAGCGGUGACUUUGACCCUGGGAAGGAUGAAGGUGAAAUCCAAUACCUCAUCAAGUGGAAGGGGUGGUCUUACAUCCACAGCACAUGGGAGAGUGAAGAAUCCUUACAGCAACAGAAAGUGAAGGGCCUCAAAAAGCUAGAGAACUUCAAAAAGAAAGAGGAUGAAAUCAAACAAUGGUUAGGGAAAGUUUCUCCUGAAGAUGUAGAAUAUUUCAAUUGCCAACAGGAGCUGGCCUCGGAAUUGAAUAAACAGUAUCAGAUAGUAGAGAGAGUAAUAGCGGUGAAGACAAGCAAAUCUACAUUGGGCCAAACAGAUUUUCCAGCUCAUAGCCGGAAGCCAGCACCUUCAAAUGAACCUGAGUAUCUAUGCAAAUGGAUGGGACUUCCCUAUUCAGAGUGCAGCUGGGAAGAUGAAGCUCUGAUCGGAAAAAAAUUCCACAACUGUAUUGACAGCUUCCAUAGUCGAAACAACUCAAAAACUAUACCGACAAGAGAAUGCAAGGCCCUGAAGCAGAGACCACGAUUUGUAGCCUUAAAGAAACAGCCAGCAUAUUUAGGAGGAGAAAAUCUGGAGCUCCGAGAUUAUCAGCUAGAAGGUCUCAACUGGCUUGCUCAUUCCUGGUGCAAAAGUAACAGUGUAAUCCUUGCUGAUGAAAUGGGCCUAGGAAAGACCAUCCAGACCAUAUCAUUCCUCUCCUACCUGUUCCACCAACACCAGCUGUAUGGACCCUUUCUUAUAGUCGUCCCUUUAUCCACCCUCACCUCAUGGCAGAGGGAGUUUGAAAUCUGGGCACCAGAGAUAAACGUAGUGGUUUACAUAGGUGACCUGAUGAGCAGAAAUACGAUACGAGAAUAUGAGUGGAUUCAUUCCCAAACUAAAAGGCUGAAGUUCAAUGCACUUAUAACCACAUAUGAGAUUCUUUUAAAAGACAAGACUGUGCUGGGCAGUAUUAACUGGGCCUUUCUGGGAGUGGAUGAAGCCCAUCGGUUGAAGAAUGAUGACUCUUUAUUGUAUAAAACUCUGAUUGAUUUCAAGUCCAACCAUAGGCUCCUGAUUACGGGCACCCCUCUUCAGAAUUCCCUCAAGGAGCUCUGGUCCUUGCUGCACUUUAUUAUGCCGGAGAAGUUUGAGUUCUGGGAAGACUUUGAAGAAGACCAUGGAAAAGGGAGAGAGAAUGGCUACCAGAGUCUCCAUAAGGUACUAGAGCCGUUCCUUCUCCGGAGAGUCAAAAAAGAUGUUGAGAAGUCCCUUCCAGCCAAAGUGGAGCAGAUUCUCAGGGUAGAGAUGUCGGCCCUCCAGAAGCAGUAUUACAAGUGGAUUCUGACCAGGAAUUACAAGGCUCUUGCCAAAGGAACAAGAGGCAGCACAUCUGGUUUCCUUAACAUUGUGAUGGAACUAAAAAAAUGUUGCAACCACUGCUAUCUUAUUAAAGCUCCUGAAGAAAAUGAAAGGGAAAAUGGACAAGAGAUUCUUCUGUCCCUGAUCAGGAGCAGUGGGAAGCUGAUUCUGUUAGACAAAUUGUUGACCAGACUUCGAGAUAGGGGGAACAGAGUCCUUAUCUUCUCUCAGAUGGUGAGAAUGUUGGACAUCCUGGCUGAGUACCUGACUAUUAAGCACUAUCCUUUCCAGCGUUUAGAUGGCUCCAUCAAGGGAGAAAUCCGAAAACAAGCACUGGAUCACUUCAACGCAGAUGGGUCUGAGGACUUCUGUUUCCUGCUCUCGACAAGGGCUGGUGGCCUGGGAAUCAAUUUGGCGUCCGCAGACACAGUUGUCAUCUUUGACUCUGACUGGAACCCCCAGAACGACUUGCAGGCACAAGCCCGGGCCCACAGAAUCGGUCAGAAGAAGCAGGUCAAUAUUUACCGCUUAGUUACAAAAGGGACUGUGGAAGAGGAGAUCAUAGAACGGGCCAAAAAGAAGAUGGUAUUGGACCAUCUGGUUAUCCAGCGCAUGGAUACCACUGGCCGGACAGUCCUGGAAAACAACUCUGGAAGGUCCAACUCAAAUCCUUUCAAUAAAGAGGAGCUGACAGCUAUUUUGAAAUUUGGAGCAGAGGAUCUCUUCAAAGAACUUGAAGGGGAGGAGUCAGAGCCUCAGGAAAUGGAUAUAGAUGAAAUUUUGCGUUUGGCUGAAACCAGAGAGAAUGAAGUAUCAACAAGUGCCACUGAUGAGCUUCUGUCACAGUUUAAGGUUGCCAAUUUUGCAACAAUGGAAGAUGAAGAAGAGCUAGAAGAGCGUCCUCACAAGGAUUGGGAUGAGAUCAUUCCAGAGGAGCAAAGGAAAAAAGUAGAGGAAGAGGAGAGGCAGAAGGAACUGGAAGAAAUUUAUAUGCUGCCUCGAAUUCGUAGUUCCACUAAAAAGGCUCAGACAAAUGACAGUGAUUCCGACACUGAGUCUAAGAGGCAGGCCCAGAGGUCCUCGGCCUCCGAGAGUGAGACAGAGGACUCUGAUGAUGACAAGAAGCCAAAGCGCAGAGGGCGCCCCCGGAGUGUGCGCAAAGACCUGGUGGAGGGGUUCACGGACGCGGAGAUCCGCAGGUUCAUCAAGGCUUAUAAGAAAUUCGGUCUUCCUCUUGAACGGCUGGAGUGCAUAGCACGCGAUGCUGAGCUGGUGGAUAAGUCUGUGGCCGACCUGAAGCGCCUGGGAGAGCUGAUUCACAACAGCUGUGUGUCAGCAAUGCAGGAGUACGAAGAUCAGCUGAAAGAAAACGCUAGCGAGGGGAAAGGUCCUGGAAAAAGGAGAGGCCCGACAAUCAAGAUAUCUGGAGUCCAGGUUAAUGUGAAAUCCAUUAUCCAACAUGAGGAAGAGUUUGAAAUGCUGCAUAAAUCUAUCCCUCUGGACCCUGAAGAAAAAAAAAAGUACUGCCUAACCUGUCGGGUCAAAGCUGCACACUUUGAUGUAGAGUGGGGAGUGGAGGAUGACUCUCGCCUGCUGCUGGGAAUUUACGAGCAUGGCUAUGGAAACUGGGAGUUAAUUAAGACAGACCCAGAGCUGAAACUGACCGACAAAAUUCUGCCUGUGGAGACAGAUAAAAAGCCUCAAGGGAAGCAGCUACAGAACCGAGCGGACUAUUUGCUGAAGCUGCUGAGGAAGGGCCUGGAGAAGAAGGGGGCCGUGGCAGGUGGGGAGGAGGCCAAAUUAAAGAAGCGGAAGCCUCGAGUAAAGAAGGAAAACAAAGCACCCAGGUUGAAAGAUGAACAUGGAAUUGAGUUUUCCUCUCCCAGACACUCAGAUAAUCCAUCAGAAGAGGGAGAAGUGAAGGAUGAUGGCUUAGAAAAAAGUCCAGUGAAAAAAAAACAGAAGAAGAAAGAGAACAAAGAGAACAAAGAGAAACAAAUGAGUUCUAGGAAAGACAAAGAAGGGGACAAAGAAAGGAAGAAGUCAAAAGAUAAGAAAGAGAAGCCUAAAGGGGGUGAUACCAAAUCUUCAAAUAAAUCAAAGCGAUCUCAGGGCCCUGUGCAUAUUACAGCAGGAAGUGAACCUGUCCCUAUUGGAGAGGAUGAAGAUGAUGAUCUCGACCAGGAGACCUUCAGUAUUUGUAAGGAGAGGAUGAGGCCUGUGAAAAAGGCGCUGAAACAGCUGGACAAACCUGACAAGGGACUAAAUGUACAAGAACAGCUCGAACACACACGGAACUGUCUGCUGAAAAUCGGAGACCGGAUAGCCGAGUGCCUUAAAGCCUACUCAGACCAGGAGCACGUCAAACUGUGGAGGAGAAACCUAUGGAUUUUUGUUUCCAAGUUUACAGAAUUUGAUGCUCGAAAACUACAUAAGUUAUACAAGAUGGCUCAUAAGAAAAGAUCUCAAGAAGAGGAGGAACAAAGGAAGAAAGAUGACAUGAUUGGUGGUAAGAAACCAUUUCGACCAGAGGCCUCGAGUUCAAGUCGGGAUUCUCUGCUAUCUCAGUCUCAUACCUCACACAGCCUUCACCCUCAGAAGCCUCAUUUGCCUGCCUCCCAUGGCCCACAAAUGCACGGACACCCAAGAGAUAACUACAGUCACCCCAACAAAAGACAUUUUAAUGCAGAACGAGGAGACUGGCAGAGGGAACGAAAGUUCAGCUAUGGUGCUGGCAACAACAAUCCGCCCUGGGGCAGUGACCGGCACCAUCAGUACGAACAGCACUGGUACAAGGACCACCACUACGGUGACCGGCGACAUGUGGAUGCCCACCGUUCUGGAAGCUAUCGGCCCAACAAUCUGUCCAGGAAGAGACCUUAUGAUCAAUACAGCAGCGACCGAGACCACCGGGGCCAUAGAGACUACUACGACAGACACCAUCAUGACUCCAAGCGGAGGCGAUCUGAUGAGUUUCGGCCUCAGAAUUACCACCAGCAGGAUUUCCGACGAAUGUCUGAUCACCGCCCUCCGAUGGGCUACCAUGGCCAGGGACCCUCAGACCAUUACCGCUCUUUCCACACAGACAAAUUGGGGGAAUAUAAACAGCCGCUACCCCCACUGCAUCCUGCAGGCUCGGAUCCUCGCUCACCCCCUUCUCAGAAAUCUCCCCACGAUUCCAAGUCCCCCCUGGAUCACAGGUCUCCUUUGGAGAGAUCACUAGAACAGAAAAACAACCCAGAUUAUAACUGGAACGUUCGGAAAACAUAAAGGACAGCCCGGGCAGGGAAGCGCAGGAGCCGUCAAGCACUUGGACGCUUUGGUCUAGUGGCCGGUUUCUGGGCUGGAGGAGCUUCUGGACACGCUGCUGCCAGCCCUACCGGCUGAAGGAGCACUUCAGGGAGUGGAAGGUCCCGGGCGGCCGGCUUGCUCUGGGCACCACUCCUGCACUUUGGCCCCACCCGACUCCAGCCCGGCUCGGCCUCCCACCUCAAUGGCUGCUAGGAAGAGCGGUGACUUUGCGUGCCAGCUUCAUCAGCUGUUCUCCAGGGAUGGGACGGGGAUCUCUGAGUCGUGAAUGUUUGAUUGCCAGGUUCAGUGGCCCCCGGACCUCGGUGCCGCAGUCAGGGGAAAGCACUGGUGCAUGAAGGCCUCCGGGACCUGCUGAACAGUGAGCGAGUAGUGACGGAACGAUGCUGCUGACGGGCGAGGGCAGGGUCCCACGUUCUAGGUCUUGAGGGGGGAGCAGGUCCGUCCUUCCAGUGUGUACCUGGAAGAAGUGAGGUGCUCAACUCACAGGUGAAACCUACAGGAUGGGGCCGGGCCAGGUAAAGAGAGGGAAGCACCUUCCGGCCUGGCCUCCUCUCUGCCAACACUAAUUCCCUUGCUGUCUUUGUACAUUUCAGGGCCUUGGUCUCCUGGGAGGGCUCCUUUUUCCCUCUGUAUUGGGAGAGUCAGAUCCCCAGCUGAUUUAUGAGUACUGUGAGUUAGGCAGCAUUGGCAUCAGCAUGGGUCUUCUUGAUCGGGGAGUGACCCAAGGGGGUGUAGGGUGGGUUAGGGAGGGGAAUUCGACCAGGGAACCGGAAUUCCUGGUGGACUUCUGACUGCUGUGGAGAAGGGAAGGAGAGGGCAAGCAGGGUGGGCUCUGGCCAGCUGCUCACAGCUGGAGGUGGGGAUCCUUAAAGGCCACUGGAUCCGUGCUGCAGGCUGGGUGUGUGAGGGAGUGGGGAGGGGUCUUUUAGUAUUGAAAAGGGCAACAGCUGCAGCUGCAUUUUAGUUUAGUUCCUUUGCACAUCUCAAGCAGAAUCGCACAUCUUUGACGGUCAGACAGAUCAACUGCCUCUGGUGAAUGAGCUUCCAUCGUGAGUGCUUAGAGUAAGAUCUGCAAAAUAUAAACCUGUGUCGAUUGUUUUUCAGAAUAGGAAGCAUCCCAGGCGAAGAUGGCUGAGUCAGAGAUGGUGAGGAUCAUGCUAGAGUGAAUUGAGUCAAUGUACUGAUGCUGGGGCCUUUUAAACAUUCGUUUUCAGGAUAGCUUGCCAGUGUUCUUAAAGCAUCCAAAGCCUUUCUAGAUGGAGACAGAAACAGUGACUUAAACAUAGGAAUGGUGUGCCUCUUUAAGUAUCCAGGGUCAGAGCUGAUGAAAGCCCUUCCCUUGGCAUGUGCAGGGUUAAACCCACUGAACAGACUCUGGGGACCUUGUCCUGCCAGAACCACUAGCACCUCCCCAAGACCUGCUGGCAGUGUCUUCCCCAGGGAACAGAAGCAACGGGCCUGGGCCACUGCCUCCUGCACAGCUUCAUGGGGCAGCUUUCCAGGUAGGAGCCCGGGCUUUGCAGCUUGUGCCCGGGUCUGGGCAAACCCAGUACCUCUCAUCCUUCUUGGUACUUGAGGUUGCUGGCUCUGGCCCGUACAUUCAAGUCUUGCAGCAGAGCCCAGUGACUGCUCGGAGAGGAAAUUCACUCUCCACUUUGGCUGCACAGUGAAAAGGAAACCAGAGGUGGAGCUUCUUGCUGAUGACAAUGCCACUGCCCUGUGUUUUGUCCUGCCCAAGCCAAAGAGCAAGGCUAGGUUGGCUUGCUGCUCCCCAGAUUGCUGCCCUACGGGGGCAGAGGGGCACAAGCCCUGCAUUUCCAUACUCACCAAGGUUUUUCUCUUUAGUUGUUGAUAGGAACUGCAAGUUGUUCCCAAAGAUGCCUCAUCAUGAGGAAAGAGGAACUUCCUUUUGUUCACAUUCAGGACUUCUAGUGCCAUACCAUGUAGCAGGAGGCAGUAUCAGCCAGAUCAGUGUUACAGUGAUUCUGAAAUUGCAGUAUACUCCAGUGAGCAUCUGUGUUAGGUGCUGAAGUUGAUCUGAAGAGUGGGUUGGUGGAAAGGAAGCACUUCCGCAUUGAUUUUACUCAGUAUGAGUAGCGUGUGCUGAAAUCACAACAGAAGUUUGCACAGGUGGGAAUUCUCUCACUCCUAAGGGAGAGCUGCCCGGGAGAGUGCGGGCUGUAUUCCGUGGAGCCUGGCUUGAAGGCCUUGCAUUGUGGGUGGGAAUGGAAUGGUUUGAGCAAGGAGGCAGCUGCCCUCACCAGAAGCCGAGGUCAGUGGGGAAGGACCUGGUGCGUGACAGCCCUAGGAGAGGACAAGGUGACGCCCAGGCUGAUCACUGGGCCAUUGGGGAGCCCGGCCGGGUCGCCCUUGGCCUGCUCUCCUCUCCGUCCAGUCAUUCCUUAGCCCUUCAGAGGGACCCGAACACGCCUCACGCUGUCUGCAGACGCUCUGGCCUGAUGCGCCGGCCUUGCAGGGGAAGGCGUCCGUUCCGGGUCACACGAUGGCACAGUCCUACAGACCAAAUCCACUUGUCAGCAGGAGCAUGGCCCAGGCCCCGCACAGCACGUUUCUGGCUGUCCGGGGCAGCCGCGUGGCGAGGAGAGCCAUGCCAGGGGUCCAGGCUGCUUUAGUCCAUCUGCGCCCCACUCACUGGGGAUGGGUGGUUUUCUUUAUUGUAAAAUUGUGGACUUUUAAACCUGUUGACUAAACAGUAAUUAAUUUAUAUUUGUGAAAAAUGCCACUGUCCUGGUAAGUUCUGAUGUAAAUAAUGUUUAUAUAGUAUGUAUUAAAUUUUCCUACAUUGUAAAACUGCUGUACUUU